GAGUUGGUGGAGCUUCACUUGAAACUGAUGAGAAAGAUUGGGAAGUCUGUCACAGCAGACAGAUGGGAAAAAUAUUUGAUCAAGAUAUGCCAAGAAUUCAACAGCACUUGGGCUUGGGAGAUGGAAAAAAAAGGAUACCUAGAAAUGAGUGUUGAAUGCAAACUGGGGAUUCUAAAGUAUCUCUGUGAAUGUCAGUUUGAUGACAAUCUAAAGUUUAAGAAUAUAAUUAACGAGGAGGAUGCCGAUGCCAUGCGUCUUCAGCCCAUUGGUCGAGACAAGGAUGGCCUGAUGUACUGGUAUCAGCUGGAUCAAGAGCAUAAUGUCAGGAUGUACAUAGAAGAACAGGAUGACCAGGAUGGAUCCACGUGGAAGUGCAUUGUUAGAAACCGCAAUGAGCUUGCCGAGACCCUGGAGCUCUUGAAAGCACAAAUUGAUCCUGCCCUGUUGAAAAACAACAGUUCUCAGCAGGAGAACUCAUCACGUGAAAGCCCAAGCAUAGAAGAUGAAGACACCAAAAAGGGUGAAGAAGCAUCUACACAAGAAAACCAAUUAAAAAUCAAAGAAGAAAAAGAGGAAGUGGAGGAAAAGUCAGUGGAAUUGGAAAGCCUUCCUCUUCCUGUGGUCAAAGACGACGAAAAUAUGCCGAAAAUGGAGAAAGUGGAAGAAAAAGAAAUUGUAAAAUUGCCAGUAAUAGUAAAAUUAGAGAAACCUUCAGAAUACAAUGAAGAAAAGCAAACUGUCAAAGAAGAAAGUGACUCCUUUAAAGAAAAUGUCAAGCCUGUUAAAGUAGAGGUGAAGGAAAACAAAAUAGAACCAAAAGACUUAAAAGAAGUAAAAAGUUGCACGGACAAAAUAGCAGUUCAUGAGCCGGAGAGGUUAGAAUUUUGUGUUAAUGUCAAAACUCCCCAAGAAAUUGUGGAGAAAUCUAUGGAAGAAAGUGAGAAACUUAAAAAUGACCAGCAAGCAAAAAUACCGCUUAAAAAGCGAGAGAUCAAGCUCACAGAUGACUAUGACAGUCCGAUAAAGGGGCCCCUAUGUAAAUGUGUUACUCCAACAAAGGAUGUCUUGAAGGAAGAAGGGAAACCAGAAGAAGAAGCUUUUAAGAGAGUCCCUACAAUUACUGCUUUAUGUCCUGAUGGGAAAGUGCUAGUAAAUGGAGAGGUUAGCUGUGAAAAAAUAACCCCAAGUGUCAUACAAAAUAGUAAGUCGGAACACUCUGCUAGCACAAAGGAAGACAGCAGCUCAUUAAAAGAGAGAAAUGGAAAAAGUGGGGAAAAGGUAUCAGACUCCCUAAAGGUGUCAGACUCCCUAAAAGUAUCAGACUCCCUAAAGGUAUCAGACUCUGUUAGUAAAAUCAUAAAAGCGUGCGAGGUUGAGAAAAAUGCAGUAACUGUGGUGAAAGAGAUAGGGGCUGUGGUCUCUGAGGUUUCUAAUCAGAAAGUGCCUUUAAAUGAGGAAUCUAGUCCUGUGGAAAAAGAAUCCCUUGACAGCACAGCUACUGAAAUGGUAGUGGAAGAGUCUUCAAACUCUGAAGACUGUGCCAAAACAACUGAAGAGAAACUAGCCAUGAAAAUCAAAAAGGACAGACUACCGCCACCCAAGGAAUGUUUAGAGAAGCUAGAGAAGUCCACAAAUGCAUCUGCUCCUGCAGAACUGCCCAAGCUUGCACUGUCUGAUGAAGAGACUUUGAAAAGUAAAGGUGAGUCUGAGGAGAAACCUGAUUCUCCAAAAGCUGCUGAGACACCCCCUUCAUCUACUUCUCCCGUUACUUUAGAGAAGCCUGUUUCGGAAAAGGAGGGCUCUGACAGUAAAACGGCUCUACCCGAGGAGAGCAAAGUAGAAGAAAAAUCCAGCCCUGAAAAACAAGAGGAAGAGCUGGAAGCUGCCAAGACAGAGCCAGAUAGAUCAGAUGAUGCCCAUGCUUCUAAUCUAGAGGACUCCUCAGAGAGUAAAAAGGAAUCUCCACUACCUAAAAGCAAAUUUAAAUAUAAGCUAGUUUCUGAAGAAGAAAGUUGCGCAACAGAUAAUAAAGAAAUAACUUCUGAAAGACAGAAAGAAGGAAUUAAGUUAACAAUCAGGAUCUCCAGUCGGAAGAGAAAGACAGAAACACCGCCAGAAGAGGUCAGCAUUGGCCGCACAUUAAGGCGAUCUCCAAGAAUAUCCAAGCCUACUCCAAAAGUUGUGGAGACUCGGGAUCAGAAACCUGACAAAAAACGACCUGAAGAGGAAGAGGAGAAACCUGCAGCAGCACAAAAACCGGAACGAAAAGAAGAUGCAAAAAACCAAGAGAAGGAGUCAAAUUCUAAGGUUAACAAGAGAAGCAAAGUUCGGUGGACAGGUACGCGAACACGUGGCAGGUGGAAAUACUCAAGUAAUGAAGAAAGUGAGGACUCAGAGAGUGAAAAAAACUCUGAUGAGGAGGAGGAAGAGGAAGAAGAGGAGGAAGAAGAAGCUGCACCUGCUGAUGACGAUGAGCCGUGCAAGAAGUGUGGCCUUCCCAAUCACCCUGAGCUGAUUUUGUUGUGUGACUCUUGUGACAGUGGAUACCACACAGCCUGCCUUCGCCCUCCUUUGAUGAUAAUCCCUGAUGGAGAGUGGUUCUGCCCACCUUGCCAGCAUAAAUUACUCUGUGAGAAAUUAGAAGAACAAUUACAAGAUCUGGAUGUUGUCCUAAAGAAGAAGGAGCGUGCAGAGCGCAGAAAAGAGCGAUUGGUGUAUGUGGGUAUCAGUAUUGAGAACAUCAUUCCACCUCAGGAGCCAGAAAUACCUGAAGGUCAGGAAGAAAAGAAGAAAGAUUCCAAAAAGCCAAAAUCAAAGCUGCUUGAAAGGAGGUCUACCAGAACCCGAAAGUGCAUAAGCUACAGGUUUGAUGAAUUUGAUGAGGCAAUUGAUGAGGCAAUUGAAGAUGAUAUCAAGGAGGCUGAUGGAGGAGGCAUUGGCAGAGGCAAAGACAUGUCUAAUAUCACAGGUCACCGUGGAAAAGACAUUUCCACAAUCCUAGAGGAAGAAAGGAAAGAAAACAAGCGACCACAAAGGGCUGCUGCAGCACGACGCAAGAAACGACGGCGACUAAAUGACCUGGACAGUGACAGUAAUCUGGAUGAAGAAGAGAGUGAGGAUGAAUUCAAGAUCAGCGAUGGAUCUCAGGACGAGUUUGUUAUAUCAGAGGAAAACCUGGAUGAAAGUGAAGAUGACCCACCAUCAAACGAAGACAGUGAUUCAGAGUUCUGCGCCCGCAUAUCCAGGCGACACCUCUCCAGGCCCAUGAGGCAAAGCAGGCGGUUAAGAAGGAAAACUGUCAAGAAAAAAUAUUCUGAAGAUGACGAAGAUGAAGAUUCUGAAGACAAUUCAAGCAGAGAAUCUGAGAGUGGUGAUUACACAGAUUACAGUGAUGAUGAUUACCUGGAAACUAGGAGGAGAAGAUCAAGACGGAAUCAGAAGAGACAAGUUAAUUAUAAGGAAGAUUCAGAAAGUGAUGGCUCACAGAAAAGUGUCCGAUACGGGAAGGAGUUAAGAAGAGUUCAUAAACGCAGGCUCUCCACUUCAGAUAGUGAAGAGAGCUACACAUCUAAGAACUCUGAAGAUGAUGAGUCCACAAAGGAGUCAAAGCGAUUGAUUCGAAAACGUCGGCGAAGUACAGACGACUACUCUGAGGAAGAAGGAGAGGAUGAGGAAGACGAAGGGAGGCCUGUCCGCAAACGGCUGAAUCGAAUCGAAACAGAAGACGAAGAUAACUGCGAAAAUGCUAAUGAUGACGCAGAAAACCCCGCUCCUGCAAAUAAGCUGCCAGCACCACAAGCUCCUCAAGACAACACCAAGAAGCACUGCUACCGGAUAGAAAGCGAUGACGAAGUUUUUUUAGAGAGCCCUUUGGACUACAGCCUGGUGGACUUGCCUUCCACCAACGGACAGAGCCCCGGUAAAACCAUUGAGAACUUGAUUGGCAAGCCAAGCGAGAAGACCCAGGCCCCCAAGGACAGCACAGCCAGCGCCAGCCUGGCGCCCAACGGGACGGGGAGUGGGCAGGAAGCAGUAGGGCCGGAGGAAGAUGAAGACGAACUUUUGAGAGUGACUGACCUUGUUGAUUACGUCUGUAACAGUGAACAGUUAUAA